GGUCUCUUUCCACCCUUCCCUCUCCCUCCCGCCCUUCCCGGACAGCCGCCCUUCUCUUUCCUAAUCAGCAACCUCAGGAGCCCGAGCCUGCCCGGACCCAGGUGGGACCCAGAACUUCAGCUCCAGGAUGUUGACGAAGUUUCUGUCGCUGCUGCUGCUGCUGCUGCUGCUUGGCUGCGCCUUUUGUAACUCCGAUGGCUCCCAAAGCCUGCACAUGCUCCAGAUCUCCUACUUCCCAGACCCCUAUCACGGGAGGCAUCAGGGCAACGCCUCUCUGGGAAAACUCCUGACACACACGCUGGAAGGCCCGAGCAACAACGUCACCAUUCUCCAGCUCCAGGACUGGCAGGAUCCGGAUAGCUGGGCGCGCACAGAGAGUGGCCUGAAGAUCUACCUGUCCCAGUUCAACAGCCUGGUGCAGUUGAUCUAUCGCGAGCGCAAGAACGACGUGGUCUUUCCUCUGACUGUUAGCUGCUCCGUGGGCUGUGAGCUGCCGCCAGAGGAGGGCUCUGAACCCCAUGUCUUCUUUGAUGUGGCUGUGAAUGGAAGUGCCUUCGUAAGUUUCCAGCCAAAGACUGCCAUAUGGGUGACAGGCUCCCAGGAGCCCUCCGAAGCCAUCAACUUCACCCUGAAGCAACUCAAUACCUACAAUCGGACUCGGUAUGAACUGCAGGAAUUUCUGCAGGACACCUGUGUGCAGUACCUGGAGAACCACAUCACCACGCAAAACACCAAAGGGAGCCAAACAGGCCGCUCUUAUACUUCACUGGUCCUGGGUAUCCUGAUGGGCUGUUUCAUAAUCGCUGGUGUGGCCGUGGGCAUCUUCCUGUGCACGGGUGGACGGCGUUGCUAAUUUUUCUCCAGGUUCCUCAGAGAAAGGGCUGGACUGGUGGGAGCUGGUAUGGGAAGGUCAAAUGAAGCCAAACAGACUCCCCCAGCGGGCCACCAUAUCUCAGGAGGUUAGAGCAACAGCUCCAGCAUCUGCCUACGAAGAAUGUGAGGAAGGGAUAUGAGGAGGUUAUGUAGACAAAAUAACCGGUUUGCAAAGGACUCGAGAACAUGCAUGCUUUGGGUAGCUGGUCUGAGAAGUGGGUGUUUAUCUGUGAAAAUGAGAUCAUAGACUUGGGGGGAGGCCAGGAGGUCUGCGACCUCCCGGAAUGGGCAGAUUUACUGUAGGCAUUCAAAACAUCUAACUAAAAUAAAAGGAAUUGUCUGUCACCAAAAUAAAACAUUUAAUGUAUCCAGGUGUGUCCAACUUGGGAAGGGACACUGGUAUGAUAGGGAAGAAAGAACCAUAGAAAUGUCACAGUUGUAAGAUUAAUUAAUAUUGGAAGCAGUUAAUUAAUAAUUAAAUAUUAAAAUUUCUUAUUUAUGUAAAAA